AUGGCUGUGCUAUGCCGCUGCUCGCCCUCCUUCUGGCGCGUGGGCCACGUGGAGCUUUUCGCGCAGCGUGGGACGAGCGAGCUCAACGACUUGCUUUGGCACCUGGUCAAGCACGACUACCCGCAGCUGGCGUCGAGUCGGCUAUCCGAUUGUAUAGUGGCCCUGUUUGACGACUUCCUCUCGAAACAGGCUGAGUUGGUGGCCGAGUGGAUGAGGGUUGGGUACUUGGAGGGCAUUCAUAACCCCAAUUAUAAGUACAGUCAUGACCUACUUAGCGGACUUAGGGAGAUUACAAGUGCAGUUCUAAUUGGGGUUAUAAGUGCCCUGAACCCUCCAGGUAUGUGCACGGAAACAUGA